AUGUUUAGUGAAGAGUCGCAGACGGCUGAUAUAAUAGGUCAGGAGGAAACGAACAACACUGACAUUCGUGAACAUUUCGAAUCGCUAGGAGAAAUUAGAGACAUCUAUAUUCCACUCCAUUAUGAAACUCGUGAACCCAGGGGAUUCGCUUUUGUCGAGUUUUUAAAGCGCGAGUCAGCCGAAGCCGCUGUCAAGGAAAUGGACGGAACGACCAUUAAAGACUGCAAGAUCUAUGUACAUAUCGCUAGACAUUCUCGUAAAACGCCCGACGACAUGCGUUCGCGCCGCGGGGGUUACAAUAACCGAGGCGACGACCGCAACGGCAACAGUAGAAGAAGCAACUACUACAACAGUGGCUUUAAACGUCAAGACAACGGAUACAGCCGUGACCGAGGCGAACGAAGUCGCGACCGUAUUGACCGCUCGGAUAGGUCAGACAGGUCCGAAAGACCCGAGAGAUCUGAAAGACCAGACCGUGGAGAGCGAAGUGGCCGUGGACGGGACAGAAACUACAAUAGAGACCGUAGUAGAGACUUCAGAAGCCGCUCCCAACCCUACAACAGUCGCGAAAACAAUUAUAAAGGUUCUCGAUACAACCGUUACAACGACGGCGACGACGACAACAGUAAAGACGAGUAG